AUGUCGCAGGAAAAGAAGCCUCUUCCCUUCAUCUACCAGUUCGCCGCGGGUAACACAAUAGCCUUCCCUCAAGACGACGGGUCCCGAAAACCUCUCCCCCGAGAAGACGAGGAGACCUACCCCCUCGACACGGUCAAGACUCGCCAACAGCUUGCCACUGGAAAGAGCGCCGGCAUUGUCAGCACCUUGUCCGACAUUGUCAAGAAUGAGGGAUUUGCACGAAUCUACCGAGGCAUCACUGCCCCGAUAUUGAUGGAGGCUCCGAAGCGCGCGAUUAAAUUUGCUGCCAAUGACGAGUGGGGCAAGGUCUACCGGAAAGCUUUUGGCCAAGAGAAGAUGACUCAGGGUCUUUCCGUUCUUACUGGAGCCACCGCAGGAGCCACGGAGUCUUUUGUUGUCGUUCCUUUUGAGCUUGUCAAGAUCCGACUUCAGAAUAAGGCUUCGGCCCAUCUUUACAAUGGCCCCGUCGAUGUGUUGACCAAGGUCAUCAAGAAUGAGGGAGUGCUCGCCAUGUACCAAGGCCUGGAGAGCACCAUGCACAGACACAUCCUCUGGAACGCCGGUUAUUUCGGCUGCAUCUUCCAGGUCAGGCAGUUGCUCCCGGCCGCCGAGUCCAAGGCCGCCAAGCUGAGGAACGACAUCCUCGCCGGUACCGUUGGAGGAACCGUCGGUACCAUUCUCAACACCCCCAUGGAUGUGGUCAAAUCUCGCGUCCAGAACGCCCCCAGGGUGCCCGGCGUUGCCCCCAAGUACAACUGGGCCUACCCUGCGCUCGCGACCGUCGCCAAGGAGGAAGGCUUCGGCGCCCUCUACCGCGGUUUCCUGCCCAAGGUCCUGCGUCUGGGCCCCGGUGGAGGUAUCCUCCUCGUCGUGUUCACGCAAAUAAUCGAGCUGUUCGAGAAGAUGCGGGAUGGCAAAUAG